AAUAGCGAUAAUGUGUUUUCUCUUCAACCACAGAACUCAGAAGAAGAUCCUCAAAUAAUUGGACAAAUAAUAUAUCAUAGAACAGAACCAAUCGAUGUCGCCUUAAUUAAUUUAACAGGUUCAGUCAAACCAUUACAAAAUAUAAAAAAUUUAGAUUCCAACCAAUAUCCCGAAUUAUUCAUAACUG